AUGGCUUCAAUCAACGGAUGCCCAUUACCUGAGACGCUAGUGUUAUGUAUAAGCAUUUUUCCCAUUGCUUUUGUAAACACAUAUGUGUUUGGCCAUGUAUAUUCACUUGCUCUAGUAAAUUUAUUAAGAUACAAAACCAAACAUAUUCAGCUUUCUGAAAAUCAGGGCUUUAAAUCAAUAACUCAAAUUGCUAGCAAUAAGAACAAUGUUGUUGUGUUUGAAUUGUCUACCAAUGUUAUUGUUGUGUUUGAAUUGUCUACCAAUAAGAAGAAAAAUCAAAACGACGAUAACAGUACCAACUUCGAUGACCGCUUCAAGCUCCGUAACGGAAAAGAGAUUUUUGAAGAGAAAGCUUAUCUGGUUGGUGUUGAGCGAAAAGGUGAUGUGAGUGAUUCUUUUGGUAUACAAGAUUCUUUGAGUGAAUUGAAACAGUUAGCUGAUACGGCUGGAUUAUUGGUUGUUGACUCUACAUAUCAGAAGCUUGCUUCUCCAAACCCUAGGACUUACAUUGGCUCCGGAAAAGUUUCUGAAAUUAAGAGUGCAAUUAAUGCAUUGGAUGUUGAAACUGUGAUAUUUGAUGAUGAACUAUCAGCUGGGCAAUUGCGCAACCUGGAAAAGGUUUUUGGUGGCGACGUGAGAGUUUGCGAUCGAACUUCUCUCAUCCUUGAUAUAUUUAAUCAGCGAGCAGCAACACAUGAAGCAUCUUUACAGGAAUAUACAAAGCAAGGGACACAUAUCAAGGCUCAUGUGCCCCUACGUUUUGCAAGAUUGCUUACACCUAUGAGGCAACUGUGUGUAUCUCGAUGCCGGAUUUCUGUUGGACAUCCAGAUGAACUGACAAGUGAUCCAAAUGUUAUUUCACCAUUGAGGAACAAAGUUGUAAGAAGAUAGCAGAAAAUAUGGUGAAAAAGAUAGCUUCUGGUCAUCUGGUGCUUAUGUAGAAUCCUCUUGAAUAUUUUACUUGGUCAUUGAUUAGAUUCAUAUAAAAUAGUGGUCUUUCUAGUUAUACUUAUUCAAAUAGAAAAUAAGAAAAUGUAGUUGAAAUUCUUUGUUUCUAUAUUGAAAUAUUUGAAUUUAAUUGAAAUUGAUAUAAUAGUUUAAUUUUAAUAUUAAGUUAAUUUGUCAUAUUUAAAUUGAAAUAAUAGAAAAUGUAUUGUAAAAUUUUUUACCGAGUAAUUGAAUUUUAAUAUUAUAUUCUAUUAUAAAAAAAAUUAAUUUAUAAUUUUAUUAUAUUUUGGUAAAAUAAAAAAUAUUAUUUAAAAGAGUUCUAGUGACACCUAUUAAAACAAAAACUGUAGGUAAAAAUAGAAAUAU